UUUUGUUGCUGUUGCGCAAUUUUGGGGGAGAGAGUAGAGUUGGAAGGUUGAAGAUUUAGUGAAUUUGUUGAGAAUUUGUGAGGGGGAGGGGAGGUUUGGCAAGAAAUUGAAAAAAAUUUUGACCUUUAGUGUGGUACAAAGAAAAACAAGCCGAAGGAAAUUAGUGUUUUUUGGUUUGGUUAAAUGACGGAUGUUUUUUAUAAUUAUACCGUGUUUAUCUAUCUCACCCUGAAAUAGAGCUACAAUUUGGAGGAUAGUUGAAAAAUAGAGCCCAUGGAGCUCUAUUAUUUUUGGGCAAAUCCUCAUCACGGCAAGCAGAUUUGAAAGCUCUAGAUUAUAUUAAUUGGGUAUUAGUUUUGGGUUUUGACUUAUGGCGUUUCCUUUGGCGCCUAAAUGAAAAUUAUUAUUGGGAGUAAUAAUUUAAUGGAAUUUUCCGCUGUUGUUGUUUAUUGCCUUUUUGUGGGCACUAAAAUAAAAUUAUUAUUACGAGAAGAGUUAUUCAAGACAGGAUUUUAUGGGGGAUUUGUGUUUGUUGCUUUGAUUUUCUUUUUAUUUUUAAUUUUCUUAACCAAAAUAAAUAUAAAUUUAGGUUAAAUAUUUUAUUUAUUCUUUUCCGUUAAAAGUUAAAAUGGGGGAAAAAUAAUUUAAUUAAAAAUAAAAAUAUAUUUGCAUAAAAAUAAAAGACAACAAAAAUAUUUUUGGUAAAUUAAGGAAGGGGGGAUUGACAAAAAGAUUAUGAAAAAUAAGGGUAAGUGAUGAUGAAUGAAUGAUAAAUAAAGGGGGGGGGGAAUUUUAUAAAAUGUCAUUCGUCAUCCGGAAUAAAAGGGCAAGAAACAAUAUUUUAUAGGGGCCGGUGAGCGCCAAAACCCGAAACAAAAAAUUGGAAAUAUAGUAGUUAGUCUGUGGAUUUUUAUUGGAAUAAGGUACAAAAAUUAUCCUGGUAAAUGAACUAGCCUUGUCUGAAAUGUGGCUAGAAAGACAUAAAUGGUUGUGAUAAAAAAUGGAAUGAAAGUGGGCAGUUGGAGGGAAGCAGGGUGGGCUUAAAUGAUUUAUUUCAAUA